CCCCGUCCUCGCCCGCGCCAUGGAAGAUUUCAUCCUGUGGUCCAACGCCCGCGGCAUCGACACCUCGCGCGUGGACCUUCGCGUGGACCCUCACACGCGCGCCCGCGCCGUGGUGUGCGCGUCCACGGCGAAGAUUAAAGCCGGCGAAGUCGCCGUGAGGGUACCUUUUACAGCUUGCCUCGGGACGACGGGCUUGCGCUGCGGCUACGCCACGUGCCCGCUCGACGACGGCGACGUCGGAAGCUCGAAACAGUUUUACACGCCCUCCGAUCGAUUGGCGGCGACGCUGGCGCACGCGAGAUUCGAGGCGGAGGGCGGGACCGGGGGCGGCGACCGGGACGGCGGCGCGUGGCGAGCGUACGUGGUCGACGCGUUGCCGCAAACGGUAGACUCGCCCGUGACGACGUGGACGAACGCUGAAAUUGCAGAGAUGGCGUUCGCGCGUGGGAUCGGGAAUUGCGCCAAGGCGAAAGCGCGCGACGCGGGGACUAUCAAAAAGUUGAACGAAAAAUACGGCGACGCGAGCUGGACGAAACAUUUCGCCUGGGCGUUGUCGUGCGUGCGAAGCCGAGCGGUGGAUUUAGAGCGCGGAGAGAGCUUUCUGGCGCCAAUGUUAGACAUGUUGAAUCAUUCUCACGGCGCGGCGAACGUGAAAUGGGACGCGAGCGACGAUGGCGAGGCGGUCGUGCUUCGCGCGUUGAAGACGAUUGACGAGGGCGAGGAGUUACUGACGCAGUACGCGUGCGAGCCCGCGGAGUCGUUUCUGCUUUACAUGGGAUUCGUGGGUGGCAUGAACCCGUACGAUCGAGUGGAGUUGUGGAGUUCGCUCGGCGAAGCCGCGGAUUGGUUCGCCGAGACGUUUCGUAGCGAAGGCGGAGAAGUCGUGUUGGAUAAAGCCGCCGGGCGUUCGAUAGCGAACGAACUCGAGGCGCAGCAACGCGCGAGGGAGCGCGCUUCAAUCGUGGAAUUGAGCGGUGGCGGUGGUACCGCGGACGAUGCGGCGGAGUUGAGGCUUCGAGAUAUACAAUCCACGCUCAUGGGCCCGAGCGUGGGGUGGCGCACGGAUUACGACGAGGCGUUGUGGUUGAUGUUUCGACAUUUCACGCAGGCGCUCAUGCCAGACGAAAACGCCGACCAGAUCGUCAUGCACGCCAUUAAAAAGCGCUGCGAAGAGGUGCUGUUAUCGAUGAAGACGACUAUCGAGGAGGAUGAAAAGCUGUUUAGCGCCGAAGACACGCCGCCGCGGCUGCGCGCCGCGGUGGAGUAUCGGCUAUUCAAGAAGUGUUUGCUCGUGAAGCACUUGCAGUCGGAUUGAAACAUACUAAU